UGCUUUCAUUCUGUCUUGGAUUCUUGCACUGUGCGGUUCGUUGCGGCUGCUUCGUUGUCUUGUCGCCAAUUCGCUUUGUGGCUCUUACGUCGUGCACAUCGUUCGGUCGUGUCGCGCGUCGCUUUGAAAUUUUUGUAGCCCUCACAACAUAAGCAGCAAAUGCAAAACGCACCAAAUUCGAAUUUCGAGUGUGCAACAAAUAAUUUGAAUACGAAUUAAAAAGCAUGUUCAGUGUGUAAGAAGAAGUAAAGCUGCCAAUACUACAAUUUCAAAUACAAAUCGAAAUAUUUUGGUAGCCACAAAUUACAAGAAAAUAAGUGCAUGAACAAAAAAUAAAUCAAAUAAUUUGUUUUCCAAAUGGUUUUUUAAAAGAGCAUCAACCCAAGGCAAAUACAAUUUUUGCAUGUGUCGCGUGUGUCUCUAUGGCUCGGCUGAGUGCGAUUUUUAUAUAGCAAUUUUCUAGCGGCACUUUUGCCCCUAUCGCUCGCCCCCGCUGUGAGCGUUAGCAGGAGACGGCCGAAAAUUCGCCCAAAGCAAAAUCCGCCGAAUUCUUGUUUCACAACAGAGAAGCUAACGCAAAGCAAAUGAAAAUGUGGCGCGUGCACGUGUAAAACAAAAUAAUAAUAAAAGCACACACACAUACUAAAGCAACAACAACAAAAUGCACAUAACAGCAACAGCGAAUUGCCAAAACAUGUGCCGCAGUUAGCUGCAAAAGAGAAUUGCCAAAAAUACAAUAAACUACUAUUUUUAUGUUGUAACCGAGUGUGUGCGUGUGAGUGAAGCAGCAACAACAGCAAGGCCGCCCCACUAAGGAUUAUUACACUAAUAAUAACACACACCCAACACAACACAACACACAGCACAACUARACAGCAUUUUGUUUAUUACAACAACCAACAACCAGCGAAGCAACAAUAACAGCAAUAAACAUGCAGUGGAUUAAAUGUUUAUUAACCGCAUUUAUUUGCUUCACAGUCAUUGUGCAGGUUCACAGUUCCGGCAAUUUUGAAUUGCGGCUGAAAUACUUCAGCAAUGAGCACGGCAGGGACAACGAGGGCCAUUGCUGCACUGGUGAAAAGGAUGCGACGACGGGCAAGUGCAUCGGCACCUGCAAGACGAGAUUUCGGGUCUGCCUGAAGCACUACCAGGCGACCAUUGACACCACAUCGCAGUGCACGUACGGUGAUGUGGUUACGCCCAUUCUGGGCGAGAACUCCUUCAAUCUGACGGAUACGCAAAGCUUGCAGAGCAGAGGCUUCACGAAUCCCAUACAGUUCGCCUUCAACUUCACCUGGCCGGGCACCUUCACGCUGAUCGUCGAGGCCUGGCACGAUACGAACAACAGCGCCAAUGCGCGCACCAACAAUCUGCUCAUACAGCGCCUGUCCGUGCAGCAAGUGCUGGACGUCUCGACCGAGUGGAAGACGAACAAAUCCGAAUCCCAAUACACAUCGCUCGAAUACGAUUUUCGCGUCAGCUGCGAUCCGCACUAUUACGGCUCCGGCUGUGCGAAUCUGUGCCGGCCGCGGGACGAUCAGUUCGGCCACUACACAUGCUCCGAGACUGGCGAAAUUAUCUGCCUGACCGGCUGGCAGGGCACGUACUGCGAGAAACCCAAAUGCGCCAAGGGCUGUGUCCAUGGUCAGUGCGAUAAGCCGAAUCAAUGCAUCUGCCAGAAGGGCUGGCGCGGACCGCUGUGCGACGAGUGCGCCCCAUAUCCGAGCUGCGUGCACGGCACCUGCAACAAGCCCUGGGACUGCAUCUGCAACGAGGGCUGGGGCGGCCUGUUCUGCAAUCAGGAUCUGAACUACUGCACGAACCACCGGCCCUGCAUGAAUGGCGGCACCUGCUUCAACACCGGCCAGGGCCUGUACACGUGCAAGUGUGCGCCUGGGUACAGCGGCAACGAUUGCCAGACGGAAAUUAAUUCGUGCGACGGCGAAGUGAAUCCCUGCCAGAACGGCGGCACCUGCGUGGACGAGGCGACGCAGCGCGGCUACAAGUGCGUCUGCCCCAAGGGCUGGAACGGUCGCAUGUGCGAGGAGAAGCUGCUCACCUGCGCGGACAAGCCGUGCCACCAGGGCCGCUGCCGUAACACCAGCAGCCACAGCAAGCAGGGGUUUCAGUGCGACUGCCCCACCGGCUACAGCGGACCCACCUGCGAGCUCCACCUAGACAACUGCAGCCCGAAUCCCUGCCAGAACGGCGGCACCUGCCAGCCGAGCGGUAAAUGCACCUGCCCCGACGGCUACACCGGCGCCAAGUGCGAGCAGAACAUCGACGACUGCGUCGGCCACAAGUGCCAGAACGGCGGCACCUGCAUCGACAUGCUCAACCAGUAUCGCUGCCAGUGCGUGCCCGGCUUCCAUGGGCCGCGCUGCAGCAGCCGCGUGGACCUCUGCCUGACCAAGCCGUGCGCCAACGGCGGCAGCUGCACCAACCUGAACAACGACUACCAGUGCGCGUGCCGUGCGGGCUUCACCGGCAAGGACUGCUCCAUCGACAUCGACGAGUGCGGCAGCCGGCCCUGCCACAACGGCGGCACCUGCAUGAAUCGCGUCAACAGCUUCGAGUGCGUCUGCGCCAACGGCUAUCGCGGGCGGCAGUGCGACGAGGAGUCGUACGAGUCGGUCUCCUUUGGCGCCCAUCAGUAUGGCGCCACGACGCAGGCGCGCGCCGAUGGCCUGACGAAUGCCCAGGUUGUGCUCAUUGCCAUCUUCUCGGUGGCCAUGCCGCUGGUGGCUGUGAUUGCCGCCUGCGUGGUGUUCUGCAUGAAGCGCAAGCGGAAGCGCGCCCAGGAGAAGGACGACGCCGAGGCCCGSAAACAGAACGAACAGAAUGCGGUGGCCACGCUCCAUCACAAUGGCAGCGGCGUCGGCGUCGGCGUGGGCGUCGGCCUGCCCGCCGGCACGCUGGGCGUCAAGCGCGGCAGCAGCGGCGGCCUGACCUUCGACAACAGCAAUCCCAACAUCAUCAAGAACACGUGGGACAAGUCGGUGAACAACAUCUGCGCCUCGGCCGCCGCCGCAGCAGCGGCCGCUGCCGCCGACGAGUGCCGCAUGUAUUCCGGUGCGCUGGCCAACUACGCCGCCGCAGCGGACAACAAUGCCAACUCGGAGUUCUGCGGCGUGGGCCAGCUGGCGCCGCUGCAGCGCGCCAAGUCGCAGAAGCAGCUCAACACGGAUCCCACGCUGAUGCAUCGCGCCUCGCAGCUGCUGUCCGCGGGCGCUGGAGCUGCCGGAGCGGCGGCGGCGGCAGCAGCUGCAGCGGCAGCGUCUGCCGGCUCAACCAAAGACUACAGCGCGUCAGGCGCUGGCACGGGCAGCAGCGAGGCCAAGGGCAAGCGCAUCUCGGUGCUGGGCGAGGGCUCCUACUGCAGCCAGCGCUGGCCCUCGCUGGCCGCGGCGGGCGUGGCCGGCGCCUGCUCCUCGCAGCUGAUGGCCGCCGCCUCGGCGACGGGCAGCGGCGCGGCGACGACGCAGCGCACAGUUGUCUGCGGUACGCCGCACAUGUAAGCAAAGACUGGCGAGGGAGAGCGAGACAGAGACAAAGAGAGAGAGAGAGAGAGACGCCAAAUGAGCCGCAUAUGGCUUUGUUGUUUAUUGAAGCAGUGCAGUUGUCAAAGUUGUAACAGGCUAAACCCUACACACCCACACACAAACACACACACACGUGCAUCUAUCCAUCAAUUUUAAUACCUUAAAUUGUAAUUAUAACUUAACAUUUUAGUUUCGCAUGGACUGACGUAAGCAUAAAGUUCUCAAUGUAUAUAUGUAUGUGGUGCAUAUAUGCCUAUUCUAUAUACACGUAUAUAAAGCUGUUCUCAAGAAACCCAAUUGUAUUUUUUUUUUUUUUGUUUUUUAACUUGACCCUGGCAAAGGCGCCGCCCUGCGGCAGCCACUAGAAACUCUACACUCUACACUGGACGAAAAAAUCUACACACACACACACACACUUACUGACGUUUUGCAUGUUACUGAAAAAUCUGCUUCAACUAUUAUUAUUAUUAUUAUUAUUAUUAUUAUUAUUAGAAUCACUUAGUUGCGAUAAAUUGUAAAUACUACUUAACGCAAAGAACUCUAGCGCAUAAUUAGAGACUAAUUUAGAAGCUAAGCGAAUACAACAAUUCCUCAUUGACGCUGCAUGGUCGCUCGCUCGACUCUACUUGUCUAUGCAAAGUAGUGCGCUAGCAUUUUGUAUAUAGUAUUUUAUAGGUCAACUCUGAUAUACGAAAAAAAAAAAAGAAACACUUAAAAAAAAAACAAAAAUUAUAUAUUAAUUACUGACUAUCUCGCGCCCUACUUUUAGUGUCUAAUAAAUAAACAUAUGCGUAAAGUAUAACUAAAUUUAACUCUAGCUUAAUUAUAUACACAUAUUAUCUAAAGGCCCCCCCCCACAGACAACAAACAACAAACAUGCGAAGACAAACAAAACAUUUAGUGAUUCUAUAAUAAGUGCUUAAUUUUUACACUAUUUACAACUUUUAUUUCAUACUCUAAAAUAUUUUUUAAUUUUUUUGGCAUUUUUUUUUUUUAUUUAAAUUUGGAGCAAUUAUAGCAAAGAAGUCAACAAUAUUUAUAGUUAAUAACGAAAUGUAUUGAAUUUAUAAGUCUUAAGCGUAAAAUUAUUUGAUACUAAAUGAAAAUUUCACAAAAAACGAACAAAAUUGAAUGAAAUAUACAAAAAAAUAAAAAAAUAAAAUAAAAAACAAAAAACUUUAAAAAUUUAUAUGCGUGCGUAUGUUUGAAAGUCUUCAGAACAGUAUAUAGUCUUAAUAUGAUAUAAACAAAAGCAAAAAAGAAGUAAACAAA